AUGAAUAAAGAAGCCAUCAAGCCAGGGAGACCUCUUAGACCACAGAAGUUGUCUUCCAUCUCCAUGCAGACGCCCGGUUUGAACCCCAGCGAGUUGCCCGCCCUGUUCCCCUCCCUGCGCGCCUGCACCGCAGCCACGAGGAUUCGCAUGCUGCUGGCCAUCGGAUCUACAGCAAAGACUACAAAGAGACAAAAACUUAACCUUCAACAGUUUGCCAGACUAAAACUAAACCCAGCAGAGUUCCCUACAGCACGCCUGGGCUGUCCAACAAUCAUUCAGCCUUGUCACAAAAACACCCACAGUGUCGAAGCCAUUUCUGUUUUCCUCUGGCCAGAGUCAAAGAUGUCAUCUCCAGGUACAGACUCAACAUCUAAAAGUCUCUCUUCUGAAACUGGAAUGGAAAACCAGCUUGUGCUGUCAGAAAGCCCAGAAAAGGAUGAAGAAAAUCCAUUUACAGUUCCUCCAGAUAUCGACAUUUUCUCAAUAAGGGACAAGGAAAUUAAAAAGGCGAAGGCGGAACGUGAAAGGAUGAAGACAAUGAAAAUCCAUGAGAAAAUUACUUACUCCAGUAAAAUAAAAGCAAAGCCGAAAGAAUUGAAGAAAGCUCUGCAAAAGGAGGAAAAAGAAGAGAGCAGGAAUCAGGCAACAGAUGAAGAGAGAUCGAAAACUCCUGAGAAGAUACUAUCAUCGAAAGCCAUUAAAAGAGACUACCCACAAGUAAAGAUGUUCCAUGAAUACAUAAAUAACGAAAGAGAUAUAUUUUUACUCAAGUAUGACAUGGCAGUAAAGCAAGAGGAGAUUCAAAAGUUGAAAAAAAUAAUAAAGAACGAGGAAAGAAAACUGGAAAAGGCUGAAAACUACCUGGAGAAGGAAGCUACCAUGUUUGAGGAGUUCCUGAAGGAGAACCACAAAACCUAUUUUCAAGCCCUGAAAAUUGCUGAAAAAGAAACUGCAGCAAAGACAAAGAAAAUAUCGGAGGUCCGUCUAAUCACUUCCCAAAUAGAGAAACUCCAAAGUGAUAUAACCAGACUCAAGACUACUCUGGAGGAGUACAAGAUGUACAGGGACUUCCUCUAUCAAUUAUCUCCAAAGGAGUGGCAGAAGGAAAACAGGAAAAAGCGCACAAAGGAAAAGGAUUUGGAAACAGCAUCCAAAGCUGAUGAAGAAAUUGCCUCACCUCCCGCCACUGCAGAGCAGGGCCAGGGUCUGACAGACACCACCAGUCCCUAUGGUACCAGCUAUACAGAUGUGCCAAGUUCCCUUCUGUCUUCAAGAAAUUUGGAAUUCUGCUCGUUACAUGAGAUCAGGCCACAGCUCAGAAACUUCCUGAAGCCUCUAUCGACAGGAAUAAUAAGUUCACUGGAGGAUGCAGAGAGUGAAACCUCCUUGGAUGAAGAUGAGGAACCCAAGUUGUAUUUUACUGAUCCCCAACAACUGCUGUCUGUUUUCAUGGAGAUGAAGGAUGAAAACUUGUCACUCAUCCAGAAUGCCCAAGAAAUCGAGGAAAAUCUGGCCAAGGUCCAACACACUUUCAUCACCACACAUGAAAGCACGGAGGAGCAGUUGGCAGAGCUGAAACAGCAGAUGGUCACCCUCAAAUCCUCCGUCGCCAAGGAAGAACAGAGAGUAGCAGAUCUGAAGCUGAAAGUUCAGCUCUUCUCCUCUGCAGAACACAAAGUUGAUGACCAGGACAAAAUGCUCACAAGCCUGAAUGAGAAGGUGCUGAAAGUCUAUUGGGACUGCACUGGAAAAAAUGAGACAAACCUGCAGACAAUACAGAUACUAAUGGUGAUAGAAAAACAGCUCAAUGAUUUACUGGAUAGCCUGGAGAGAAUCCCACCAGCAAAAAGAGAACGAGUUGAGAAAGCCAAGAGAAAGGAACGGAUGACAAGGCUCAGAGAGGAAAAACUCAGACUACAGAAGGAGCAGCAGGAGGAAAGAUCACAAAGGGCCCUGGAAAGAUCACUGGCAAGAUCACUGGCAAGUACAGAAAAAAAGAGCAGCAGGAGGCUGAUGUUUCGUUCCAACCCACCUGUGAGGAAGGAGAAGAAAAAGCACAAGCAAGAACAAAUAGAUAAGGAGAAGGAAGAAUACCUCUAUUAUUUCACUUGACAGCACAGCGUUAACACGGCACAGAGGGCUGAUGCUGCUCUACAAAAACUUUUCAUACAUCUACAGUCUGUUAAUAUUUGCUCAGUGGACUUCGUGGUAUUCCGUAUCUUCUCCUACCCCAAGAUCCCAGGGAAAACUGUUCUGUCAGGCAGUCUCCCCUCCCAUUGAUCUUCUGCCUAAGAAAAUAAAUUAAAAUUCUCUCUUUUUGCUUCUCAGGCUCCUGCUGGCAACAGUGCUUCUCUCAUUCAGUUUUUGACGCAAAUAGCACUUUCCCUACAAACCUGACUGCUGAGAUUCACUGCAGUUCUGGGUAACAAUCUUUGCUAUGGCACAACUAAGCCAGGCACCUGCCAGACAUUUAUUAUAAUCACAAAUCUGUUGCAGGACUAUAAAAAACAAAGGCUUUGCUUUAAUCCAAAGGAUGUGUU